UCUAAAUUUUUCGGUCAGUUAUUAUCGAUAAUUUUUCUGUUAGUGCGGCAACGCCAAGAGAAUUGGCUCUAGACCAUAGUACCCCUGAGAUAACUUUCUUAUCACCAAAACAAAACACAAUUGGCAGAGAUAAGUGAGGUACAGGUACGGGCGAAUAAGCAGUUUUUCCGAGCAUCUGCACCGGAGACUCCCAGCAGCCAACGGCAGCAUGCUCUCCACAUGUGGCCAAGUCCUGCGUCCAAAUUGUAGGGCGAUUAAUACCGCCGGCCGUCAUACAUUCUUCGCCUUUUACGCCCGCCAUAGAAUUGCUGAUGUAAUCCCGACAAAAAUUGUGAGACGGUCGCUGCAUGGCAAGAAUGAGAGCUCGACGAGCGAGGCACUGACUCUGGUGCGCUGGACGAAGCUGCUGUGGAACAAGAUGUUUGGCAAGUACCUGCUGGCAACCAAUGUAAUUGGCUCUGGUGUCCUCAUGGUGGUAGGCGAUGUGGUGGCACAGGAGUAUGAGUAUCGGCGCGGGCUGAGAAGCGAGGAUCGUUACGAUGUUGAGCGUAUCUACCGGAUGUUUGUGGCCGGAGCACUUCAGGGGCCGCUCCAUCAUUAUGUCUAUGCCUGGAUGGAUCGCAUAAUGCCGCAGCGCACCUUUCGGACAACCAUCAAAAAGAUCCUAAUCGAUCAGUUGUUCAUGUCACCGGCUUGCAUUUUAUUAUUCUUCUACUCGGUCUGCUAUCUGGAGCAUCAGACGCUGGAGGCGACGCACAAGGAGAUAAUGGAGAAGUUCGCCUACAUCUAUAUGCUAGACUGGUUGACUUGGCCAGCAGCUCAGUAUGUGAACUUUCGCUAUCUGGACACCAAAUAUCGCGUCGCUUUUGUGAAUGUGUGCACGGCCGUCUACAAUGUUCUCAUAUCCUAUAUGAAGCAUGACUUCAACGUCCAUCUGCCGCUGGAGAUUGCUGUCCACGAGCCACAGAACAAAUUAGCGCCCGCCGAAUCAAGGAGCCAAUUAGGGUCCGCCGAAUCAAAGAACUCGCUGAUGGAGGUAACGACCAAGAAGGUCGAAGAUCCAAAUCCGCGAUGACUCAUACCUACAUACAUUUAUAUGUAACUCAUAUUAUUGUGAUAAGACUCUUUGCACAGCACCUUCAAAUUUUUAGUCAUGUUCCCACAUAAUUGUUAUACGCACACAUAAUUCAAGAGGCUAUUAUUAAACAAAUCCAAAUAUGUGUUAUGUGUAUAGUA